AUAGUAUACUACAUUCCUUGUUAACACAGACCAAUUGCAUUGAAAAUGGAGUAGAAAAGGCUGAAAUUAUUAUCAUAAAAAACAAAGGCGUCCUAUUUCUUUUUAUUUUUACCAUAAAUUCCAACCAAAUGCCGCCCAAAAGGUCGGCUAGCUAAGCCAUUUUCCCUUUCUUUUCUCAGAUUCCAAUAGACCGUUCCAUUUUUUUCAUCAAAAUAAUCUUUAUUACUACAAUGUCAGUACAUAGCAAUCACCGGAUCAUGCUUCGAUUCCCCGCGAGCAUCAUCUGAGGCAUUGAGCAGUUAUGGGAUGUGUUCAAGGCAAGUAUGCUUCAACCUACUCACCGGCUCGGGGACUGGACAAGUUGAAGCAAGAACAUGGGUAUGCUGCUAAGAGAGGAGAGAAGGAAGGUGGUGUGGCUGGAAAUGGCGAAAAGGUGGUUAACAGCGAAGGGGAGACAGUGAGGAGUAAUGAUGCUAAUGCAAAUGUUUCGCAAAAGAAUGCGUCGAAGAAGAUUGUUGGUGACGAUCAGGUGGUUGACGGAUGGCCUAAAUGGCUUGUUGAUAAUGUUCCUUUUGAGGUUUUGUCUGGUUUGGUCCCAAAGAGUGCCGAUUCCUAUGAUAAGCUUGCCAAGGUAGGGCAAGGAACUUAUAGCAAUGUGUACAAAGCUCGGGACAAGGACACCGGGAAGAUUGUUGCUUUGAAGAAGGUCCGUUUCAACACAGCAGAGCCUGAGAGUGUUAAAUUUAUGGCAAGAGAGAUUAUGAUACUUCAGAGGCUCAACCAUCCAAAUAUUAUCAGCCUUGAAGGACUAGCCACUUCAAGGAUGCAGUACAGUCUUUAUCUGGUCUUUGAUUUCAUGCAGUCUGACUUGAGCAAAAUUAUCUCCCGCCCAGGCGACCGGCUUACUGAACCCCAGAUAAAGUGUUAUAUGCAACAGCUGCUAUCAGGACUGGAGCACUGUCAUGAAAGAGGAAUAUUGCACCGAGACAUUAAAGGUUCAAACUUGUUGAUAGAUAGGAAUGGGGUGCUGAAAAUAGCAGAUUUUGGGCUUGCCAAUAUUUUCAACCCUAAACCAAAACGACCCCUCACCAGCCGGGUUGUAACACUAUGGUACAGAGCUCCAGAGCUACUGUUAGGAUCAACAGAUUAUGGUGUUGGGGUUGAUCUCUGGAGUGCAGGUUGCCUGUUAGCUGAGAUGUUUUCUGGAAGACCAAUUAUGCCGGGGAGGACUGAGGUUGAGCAGCUUCAUCGAAUUUUCAAGCUUUGCGGUUCACCCUCAGAAGAGUAUUGGAAAAAGAUGAAGCUACCGGCAAGCUUCCGGCCGCCGCAGCAUUACAAGCCUGGAUAUUACGAAGAAUUUGGAGACUUUCCCAGCUCUUCAUUUGGCCUCCUCACAAUGCUUCUUAAUCUGGACCCUUCAUAUCGUGGCACCGCAGCUUCUGCUCUUCAAACGGAAUUCUUUACUUCAAGUCCAUUGGCAUGUGACCUUUCAGAUCUACCAGUAAUAUACAAGGAGGAAGAACCAUAUAAAGCCAAAGAUAGAAAGAAGCACGGAACAUCAAAAACAAAGCUAUCUUCUAGAAAGAAACAGGAAGGUGAUGAGACAAAGGACCUAAUAAUGACGGUAGAAAAGAAAGAUGAUACUGAUACUUCCAGGGAGGAGAAGCAGAAAGGAAAUGAGUCAUGUAAUAAUGCAAAAAGCUCCUUUAGAGUGAAGCCAAUCAAACAUAAUGAACAACGCUUACCUACAUCGCUCUCUCCGAUUCUACGUUCCAAUGCGAAAAUAGCUCCAAGAACCGAAGCUCAUCCUAAUGCUACUCAGAACAUUCAAAAUUUCACUCUUUUACAGGCUUCUAUUACAGAUAUCAUGAAAAACAACCUUGGCAAUCCUCAAUAUCGCAGGUCUUUCUCUACAUGGGAUUUCCGAACAUUUGAUCCUGACAAGAUAUCAAAGCCUUUUGGUGUGGAAUAAAAAGAGUGGGUUCGUUCGCUUGAGUUUGUGUUAUGGAAUAUGAGUUAGUAAUUUAUUCAGCUUUAUGCCUAAAAUUUUACUUUGUGAUUUGGUUAUAAAUAAAUAAACGAACCUUGUUUGUCCUAUUGUUUAUUCAUGUAAUGAAAUAAAAGUUAUUCAGAACAUUUAUGUAAGAAA